AUGAAGAACUUACUUGUGGUUGUCUUCUUUUUGGUCCUCAUGACCACUUCUACAGACACUUCACCAAUUUUGACUGAAAAAGACGCCAAACAGAUUCUGAGAACUCGUCGUGAAGACAGACCAAGAAAAGCUGGUUUCCCUGAUGAGCCCAUGAGGGAGUAUAUGCUUUACCUCCAGCGCUUGGAGCAGAGAUCAGAAGAACAAUUUCUUGAACACUGGUUGAAUCCACAUUGCUUCCCACACUGCAACAGGGAUUUAGUCCAUCCAAUCUAA